AUAAAUGCACGAGUGCCAACUCCCAGACUUCACAUCUCUUCCUUUGCUACAAGGUUAGUGAUUCUUCUCUGAAAUGGCUCGUACUAAGCAGACUGCCCGUAAGUCCACAGGAGGAAAGGCUCCCAGGAAGCAGCUCGCCACAAAGGCUGCCCGUAAAAGCGCUCCGGCCACCGGUGGCGUCAAGAAGCCUCAUCGUUACAGGCCCGGGACCGUGGCUCUCCGUGAAAUCCGUCUUUACGAGAACUCCACCGAGCUGCUCAUCCGUAAGCUGCCCUUCCAGCGUCUGGUCAGAGAAAUCGCCCAGGACUUCAAGACCGACCUGCGCUUCCAAAGCUCCGCCGUCAUGGCUCUCCAGGAGGCCAGCGAAGCAUAUCUGGUGGGUCUGUUCGAGGACACCAACCUGUGCGCCAUCCACGCCAAGAGAGUAACCAUCAUGCCCAAAGACAUCCAGCUUGCUCGUCGUAUCCGCGGAGAGAGAGCAUAAACUGACCGAGACUACUGUAAACACAA